GUGUUGUUGUUUUGACCUCUUACAUAAAUGUGACAUUUGGUUUGACAUGGUACAUGGUUUGAUUUUGUUAGAUCAGCAAAAGUGUCUUUCGUAUGGGGAACGAAAUCAGUCCCAUAUUUCUACUCAGCAACUCAGACGGAGGUUGCCAGUGCCAGUAUUAUGACGAGCUAUUUAAGAAACCGACAAACAAAGAGGACCAAGAUCAAUCGACCGAGAAUGAGAUAUGCCAUUAUCAUUUGCGUGGACAAUGUAGUUGGGGCUCCAACUGUCAAAAUGUACAUUGUGAUUUGCCGUAUCAGUGGAGAUGGAGAAGAAGAUGGUCGCGGGGAUGGACAGUGUUUAGUGAGGAUGAAAAUGACGAGAUAGAACGGUCGUUUUGUGAUCCAACCAAUGAAAGUCACAUCGUUUUUAACCAUAGAAUGACCAUAGAUUUUAAAAGCAUGAGUGGCAACGACUAUGGAGGCUCCCGCUUUGAAAUAGAAAGACUAUCAACCCCGUCAUCAAUUAAUCACGGCAACGAAACAUGGAGAACAAAAUGGUUGUGGUAUUGGAAAAAUCCCAAAGACAAGUGGAUAAAGUUUGGAGAAUUGGACAACUAUGAAGGAUGUAAAGCUGAAAUAAAAAGCGCAGAAUUAGAAGAAGCUUUUGUUGCCGACCCAACUGGUGAAGCAAACUUUAAGACAGCAGGAACUCUAUCAUUUGACUACAUCGUCAAUUUUUGUAAUAUGAUACAGCGCAAUACUACAUUUGGCACCACAAGGGCAUUGUGCAGACAGCCUGAAUUCAUCAACAAGCUUAAUUUUGAAUUGAACCAGUAUGUUCCAAUAGCGCAUUAUCUGAAUGAAUCAGACUCAGAGUACACAGAAAUAAAAUCAUUGUUCCUUCAAAGUCUGCAUGACGUUCAUAUCAAAUCAAUAGAACGGAUUGAACAUGGUGAUUUGUGGGAGAACUAUAUGAUGAAGAAAUCGAAGAUGUUGAAAAAGAAAACAGAAAGACAACUCGGAGAAACAAGAGUGUUCCAUGGUACAAUGAAUAACAAUAUAGAUGAUAUCUGUAAACAAGGGUUUGACUUCAGACUCAAUGGACAAACAGCAG